AUGAUCCUGAAUGGAAAAGAAAAUAUCUCGGGAACAGUCGUGACAGAGUUUGUGUUGCUUGGCUUUUCUAGUCUUCAGGGGAUGCAGUUGCCAUUGUUCUGCAUCUUCCUGGUCAUGUAUACAUUAUCAUUAAUUGGCAAUGCUCUGGUCAUCCUCAUAAUCCGCCUUGACUGCCGCCUUCACACACCCAUGUACUAUUUUCUGAGCAAACUCUCCUGGCUGGAGAUUAUCAUCACCACCACAGUCACACCUAAGAUGCUAAGCCUCCUCAUCACAAAGAAAAAAACCAUCUCCUUUUUUGGAUGUGCUAUCCAGAUAACACUGUACUUCCUUUGUGGGACCACAGAAGUUCUCCUGCUUGGUGCCAUGUCUGUGGAUCGUUACUUAGCCAUCUGUAACCCACUGCGCUACACGGCCAUCAUGAGUAGCCAGGUCUGCAUGCUGAUGAUGCUCUUCUGUUGGUUUGGAGGCUUCAUUUGUGUAGCUCUUGGUAUCAUCUUCAAGUCGGGACUACCUUACUGUGGCCCCAAUGUCAUCGAUCAUUUCUUCUGCGACACAGCCCCGUUGACACUGUUACUCUGUGCAGACACCACCCUGGUUGAAAAUAUUGAAUUUGCCUCAUCGUGUUUCACACUCCUGAGCUCCGUCUCUGUGACAGCCAUCUCCUACCUCUGCAUCAUUGUUACUGUCGUCAGGAUGCCCUCAGCCCAAGGUAGGAAGAAAGCCUUCAGCACCUGCAGCUCUCAUAUCACUGUGGCCUCUCUCUAUUAUGGCAGCUCCAUAUUCAUCUAUGUUAGGCCAGCUGGAAACUCUUCUAUGGAUUUUAAUAAGGCAGCCACUGUUCUUAACACUGUGGUUACUCCUUUACUUAAUCCAAUUAUCUAUAGUUUUAGAAAUAAAGUAGUCAAGGAUGUGCUAAAAGAUGCAGUGAAGAAAAUUGGUGCAAUAUUUAGGAAAACAGUUGAUUAA